AUGGAGAAUGUGACUCUUGACAAGUCUGCGGACGAAGAAGAACUCAAGACGUACAAUUACUGGGCUCUGGUGUUUGGCGUCCUCUUGAUCCUGGUCAUCAUUCUGGGGAACAUCCUGGUGUGUCUGAGCGUGCUCACGGAGCGCUCGCUGAAAACCGCCACCAACUACUUCAUCAUCAGCCUCGCAGUGGCCGACCUGCUGCUGGCCGUCCUUGUCCUCCCACUCUUUGUCUACUCUGAGUUUCUUGGAGGCAUCUGGCCUUUCAGCACCUUCAUCUGCGACGCCCUGAUGACCAUGGAUGUGCUACUCUGCACGGCGUCCAUCUUGAACCUGUGUGCCAUCAGUGUGGACAGGUACAUUGCAGUUGUGCUCCCUCUGAAAUACAACAGAAACCAAUUCAGCGUUCGCCAGCUGGUCCUCAUCACAGCCACAUGGGUCCUUUCUUUCGGUGUGGCCAGUCCCGUCAUCUUUGGCCUGAACCAGGUUCCAGACCGUGACCCAGCGGUGUGCAAACUGGAAGACAACAACUUUGUGGUGUACUCCUCAGUCUGCUCUUUCUUCGUCCCUUGUCCUGUAAUGCUCCUCUUGUACUUCCUGAUGUUCCGCGGACUUCAGCGGUGGAGGCACCAGAAUCACUCCCGGUUGGAACGUGGACAACAACGCACUCUCUCUUUACAACUGAGCUUCAACUUUUGCCAAAAAAAAAGCAAAAGCAGGAGCGUGAGUCAUGAGAAAGUUUUGAACCAUGCAGGGUUGAGUCCUGCAACUCCCUCUGUUGUUUCAGUGGUCACACCUUCUGGGACCACACUGAGCUGUGAGCGGGACGUCGCUUUGGAAAGCGAAACAGUGAACACGCAGUUGGACAGCAUGUUGGACUCUGAAAGAAAGACAUCAGAAAGAAGUGCAGAGAGACAGUUGAAAACUACACGGAGAAAGGGUAGCAAGAGCAGCAGGGUGAGUGGACGGGAGCGCAAGGCCAUGAAGGUCCUACCUAUCGUCGUGGGGUUUUUUCUGGUCUGUUGGACACCAUUUUUUAUUGUCCAUGUCACCAAGGUGUUGUGUGAUUCCUGUAAUAUCGGGUCAACCCUGAUCUCUGUGGUGACAUGGCUUGGCUAUGUCAACAGUGCCGUCAACCCCAUCAUCUACACCGCAUUUAACGCAGAGUUCCGAAACGUCUUCCAGAAACUGCUCUGCUGCUCUACAUAGCUGCCCUACUGUUGUAGGUUUUGAUAAUAUGUAUUCAGUGGUAUUGUUUUGCACAACGACGUCUUGGGACUACAACAGUAAGCUUAGUGAAAUUGGACAUGAAGCACUUUGAAAAUGAAAAUGUGAUGUGAGCUGUUCAAAUGGGGACAAGCAUUUGAAGCAUUUCGGGUACGCACAGGGCUCUGAGCGUACAUUACUGCAUAAUAACAUAAGAGUUAUUAUGCCAAAAUACCUCUCAGUAGUUGUAGCAAGAGAAUGAAGAAUGACUAGUCGCAGAUUGAAACUAGACACUAAGACAGAGUUUGUGUUUUCAUUCGAGUGGUAUUUCUUGGUUCUUGGUUGCUUAAAGUGCUCCAUCUUUCAUGUAAUCAUUAAAAACACGGCAGUGAAUUGGAGUGUGUGGCAGGUCAGACACCUGAUAUCAUUAUUGAUUAAUAAUAUUUAGCUUAUAUGUAUGUAUUUCUCUACGCUGGCCGUGCUGUUGUCACAAGACUUGCCGUCAUCAAGUGCACUGAGUGUCUGAACGUCCAUUCUAAACUCA